UUGCCCUUUAUAAAUGAUGCUAAUUUAUGCUGUUUUCAGGUGGCCCUUAGGGGCUCGGGCCACCUUAGAGGAGCCCUUAUACCUAUUAAGUUCGGCAAUGUGAGUUUUUUCUUUGUGUACCCGUGGUACAGGUACAAAUGGAUACGUGGAAGCCAACCUCUCAAAUUUGUUGCUAUCGAGAGGCAGAGGGGUGAAAUCAAUCGCGCUCCUAAUGAGGAACUUCUACAACAUCAACGAAAAAGGAUCACUGAGAUGGAUUGUGCGGAAUCCGAAAUGUUGAUGGAGGAAAAGUUAUAUCCGAAAGUGCUUCCACUUUGGCCAAAUUCUUUCACUAUACGUGACAAGUAUGAAAGCAAGCUGAAACAGAUUCAGUCUGAAGUGCUGGCUUCACAUCCUGGUCCAUCUUCUGGUAUAUCGCAACAGAUGAGAGAUGAGUUUGCUGUUGUUUUGGAGAAAGUUGAGACUACAACAGAUCAGAAAAUGAUGCUUCAGAAAGAGUUGGAGCAAGCAAGAACCGACAUGGCUGAGUUGCAGCGAGAGGACUAUCCAAAGCAAAUUUCUGAGGAGGAGAUACGGCCAGUGAUGAAGAAAGCACCUCCAUCACCACGGGAAUAUUGUGAUUGUUGUCAAGGUGAGUUCAGGAAGAAAGUCUAUGUAUUUGAGGCAGAUGCUGAUGCAUACGAAUCGUUCCUGAUUUAG